UCCGUGGAGGCCUUCAAGCCGGAGCAGCGGUAGCUAAGUGAACGGCGUUACGACGUUAAUUUUAGACUUCUUUAACCGCAGCUAUGCCGUAUGCUAACCAACCGACGGUGAAAAUAACAGAACUGACAGAUGAAAAUGUCAAGUUUGUCAUUGAAAACACCGAUUUGGCGGUCGCAAAUUCUCUUCGCCGUGUGUUUAUGUCAGAAGUUCCCACUAUAGCGAUUGACUGGAUCCAGAUCGAUGCCAACUCAUCAGUGCUGCAUGAUGAGUUCAUUGCGCACAGAGUCGGUCUCAUUCCUCUCACAAGUGAUGACAUUGUGGACAAAAUGCAGUACUCUAGAGACUGUGCCUGUGAUGAUUUCUGUCCAGAGUGUUCUGUCGAGUUGACCCUGGACGUUCGGUGCACUGAGGAUCAGACGCGUCAUGUCACCUCGCGUGACCUUUUGUCCAACAACCCCAGAGUCAUCCCAGUGACGUCCAGGAGUCGGGACAAUGAUCCCAAUGACUAUGUUGAACAAGACGACAUUUUGCUGGUGAAGCUUCGUAAAGGUCAGGAGCUGCGACUCAGGGCUUACGCCAAGAAAGGCUUCGGUAAGGAGCACGCCAAGUGGAACCCGACAGCGGGGGUGUCCUUUGAGUAUGACCCAGACAACGCACUGAGGCACACAGUCUACCCACGACCUGAGGAGUGGCCAAAGAGUGAAUACUCAGAGAUUGAGGAGGAUGAGGUUCAGGCUCCCUACGACCCCAAUGGAAAACCAGAAAGGUUCUUCUACAACGUGGAGUCGUGUGGCUCUCUGCGACCGGAGACCAUCGUCAUGUCAGCGCUGGCCGUCCUCAAGAAGAAGCUGAGCGACCUGCAGACCCAGCUGAGCCACGAGAUCCAGAGCGACGUGCUCACCAUCAACUGAGGGCAUCUCACGAACAGACCGGGGUUUGCCUUCACACAGCUGUGUGAGCAUCAGAGGGCUGAUUUAAGGAUCACUGUUAAGGUCACAUGACACACGUCUCCAAUACUGUUUAUGGAUUAUUCCAGCAACAAGCAGUGAUUUAACAUAAGCUGCCUGUACCAAGGUGGUCAGUGACUGUCAGUGUGUGAGAGCGAGUUUGUCUCUGAAUGACAGAAAUACAGUGUAGUUGCUGUCAGUGUAACACUUUAACUGUGGGAUUAUUAUUUUGUUAAACAUUGCCUUUUAAAUAAAUCUGUUUUUGAAGAA